AUGUCGACCUCUCAAAACCCUUCUGCCAUCAAGGAUAGACACUAUGCCCAGCUAGCCGGUCGUCUCUCGGCUCUGUCGCAGAAUGUAAUCGAUCUGCAUGGGCAUGUAGAGCUGGCAGCUGAGCACUCGCAGAAGACUAGGGUAUUGGCUGCGAACCAGGCCAGUCUGUUCAUGGCUGCCAAUGCUCAGGAGCUCGAUGUACCCAACAGGAACGCGCAAGAGUUUCAGGACGAUGUGACCGUUCGACAGUAG